AUGGCGCAGCGCGGCCAGGUUUCCUCCGGCUAUGAGCGUCUCACGGCAGAUGAGAUGGACGAGAGGCGGAGGCAGAACGAGGCUUACCAGUAUCUCUGCCACCUGGAGGAAGCCAAGCGCUGGAUGGAGGCCUGCCUCAAGGAGCCGCUGCCCCCUCCGACCGAGCUGGAGGAGAGUUUGCGCAACGGCGUCACGCUGGCCAAGCUUGGUCAUUUCUUUGCCCCGGAUGUCUGUCCCCUGGAGAAGAUUUACGACCUCGGCCAGGCCCGGUUCCAGCAUGUGCCUAGCCUGCUUCAUGAUGAGGAAAUCAACCACAUGAAAGGGGAGCUGGAGAAAUACGGAUUGCAGCUUCCCUCCUUCAGCAAAAUCGGUGGCCUCCUGGCUAAGGAGCUCUCGGUCGACGAGGCAGCCGUGCACGCUGCCAUCCUGGCCAUCAACAACGCGGUGGAAGUGGGGAUCGUGGCAGAGACCGUGGCGGCUUUGUGCAACCCCAGCGCCAUGCUAGUGGGUGUGCAGGAGAGUUGUGGGGGGCCCUACCAGGAAGAGCUCUGCCGGGCCAAAGGAGAGAAGGCUGAGAACGCAAAGAACCGGGUAAGCAGAAGCACCAUCCCGGAUGGAGAAGACAUUUAUGAUCACUGUUUGACCCAAGCGGAAAUUCAAGGCAGCAUCAAUCUGGUGAACAGUGUAUUUACCCCUGAAUUGGGAUACGUUGACUUGCUUGAGCAAGGAGAAAUUCAAGCUGGGCUCUACGUGGCCAAUCAGAGGGGUGACCAGGAGCGUGCUGUCGCACAUGCCGUGAGCCACAUCAACGCCUGCUUGCGAAGAGGAGUGGCGGAAGAGACCGUGCGCGCCCUGGCGAACCCCGAGGCCCAGCUCCCCGAGGUCUUCCCCUUCGCUGCCCAGCUCUACCAGCGGGACCUGCUUGCCCUGCAGAGGCAGCACCCCCAGGGGACGCUGGCCCAGGAGGAGCUCUCGGUGGCCGUGGAGAUGCUGUCCGCAGUGGCCCUGGUCAACCAGGCCCUCGAGGAUGGAGACAGCCGCAGCUUCCGGAGGAGCCUCCUCAGCUCCGCCCUGGGCCUGGCCAACGUGGAAGAGAGCCACGCCCAGCGUUAUUUUGAGGGCCUCUCGGAACAGAAGCGGCUCUUCCGGGAAACCCAGCGCGGCUUCCUGAGUUGGAACGACAUCCAGGCCUCGGUGAACGACGUGAACGCCUUCGCCCAAGAAGAGCGGGACAAGAUCCGUGCUGUCCGGCUGAUCAAUGAGGCUCUGCUGGGCGAAUGUCCCGAGAAGACCCUCCGGGCUCUGCUCCUGCCGGCAGCCGGCCUCUCCGACGUGACCCUCCCCAGAGCCAAGCGCUACCAUUUCGUUCUAGCCCGGAUGCUGAGGCAGAAAGCCCAGGCAGCAGGAGGCCCCGGAGCUUCCUUGUGGUGGGAGGAGAUCCAGGAGGGCGUCUGCAGGGCCAACCGAGACAGCAAGGCUGCCCAGCAAAUGGCCCUGGGCCUCGCCGCCAUCAACCAGGCCAUCAAGGAGGGGAACGCGGCGCAGACAGUGCGAGUCCUGCGCAGUCCUGACGUGGGUCUCUCUGGUGUGGUGGCGGAGUGUGCCGCGGCUUACCAGGCGCAGUUCAGUGCCAUCCUGGCAGCACGAAGGCCGGCAGAGGCGCUCUGGGUACGGCACAGGCUGAGAGAUGGCUCCGAGUACUACUUCCACCUGCGGUCCUUCGAGGGCUCCUGGGAGCAGCCCCUCACCCUCAGCACGGCCCACCUCAGCCGGGAGGAGAUCCAGGAGGCCAUCACCCGCGUCUCUUCCGCCCACGACCGGCAGCGCCUCUGGCAAUCCCAGGUCCGGCUUGUGGUCCGGCUGCAGGCCCGGAUGAGGGGCUUCCUAUUCCGCCGCCACUGGGCAGCUCGGCAGCAAUUCCUGUCCCGGCAGGUGCCGGCGGCUGCCAAAAUCCAGGCCGCCUGGCGUGGGCACCGGCAACGCAGGAGCCACCUGGAGAGGAUGUGCUACCUGCGGAGAAACACAGCCGCUGCGAUCAAAAUUCAGUCCUGGGUUCGGAUGUGGCUUGCCCGAAAACGGUACCUGGGACGCCUGCGCGACUUCAGGGAGAAGGUGGCAGCUGUGAUUAAGAUCCAGGCCUUCGUUCGAGGCAACAAGGCCAGAGACGAGUACAGGAUGCUGGUGCACAGCAGGGACCCCCCUCUCAGGGUCAUCCGGCGCUUCGCCCACCUGCUGGAGCAGAGCCAGCGCGACCACCAGGAGGAGGCGGAGCUGCUGGGGCUCCAGGAGAAGCUGGCCAGGGGGAUCCGCUCCAACCAGCAGCUGGAGAGCGACCUCAACCUCAUGGACAUCAACAUCGGAUUGCUGGUCAAGAACAGGAUCACCCUGCAGGAGGUGGUGUCGCAUUGCAAGAGGCUGACCAGGAAGAACAAGGAGGAGCUCUCCAGCAGGAUGGAGGGGGGCAAGGAGAACGGGCUGAAGGGGCUCAGCCAGGAGAAGCGGAAGGCGCUGGAGGCCUAUCAGCACCUCUUCUACCACCUGCAGACUCAGCCGGUGUGCCUGGCCAGGCUCCUCAUGCAGAUGCCGCCCAACAAGUCCACCCGGUUCAUGGAGUCGGUGGUCUUCAGCCUCUACAACUACGCCUCCAGCCCCCGGGAGGCCUACCUCCUGCUCCGGCUCUUCCGGCGCGCCCUGGAAGAGGAGAUCGCCUCCAGAGUGACUCGGCCGCGGGAGAUCCUCACGGGGAACCCAGCCGUCAUCCGCAUGGUGGUGAGCUUCUACCGCAAUGCCCGCGGGCAGAACGCCCUGCGCCAGAUCCUGGCAGAGCCGGUGCGGGAGGUGCUGCAGAAGCGCAGCCUGAGCAUCCGCACCAGCCCCGUGGAGAUCUACAGGGGGUGGAUCAACGAGACGGAGUCCCAGAGCGGCCAGAAGAGCCACCUGCCGUACAACGUUACCCCACAACAAGCCCUCGCUCACCCAGAGGUCCAGAGGCGGCUGGACGCCUCCCUCGGCCACCUCCUUGUGCUGGCAGACAACUUCCUCUCGGCCAUCCUCUCGUCGGUGGAGAAGAUCCCGUAUGGGAUGCGCUACAUGGCCAAGGUUUUGAAGGCAACCUUGACGGAGAAGUUCCCAGAUGCCUCCAAGGAAGAGAUCUACAAGGUGGUGGGCAACCUCCUCUACUAUCGCUUCAUGAACCCGGCGGUGGUGGCGCCCGAUGGCUUUGAUGUGCUGGACUUCUCUGCUGGGGCACCCCUGCACCCCGACCAGAGGCGCAACCUGGCCUCCGUGGCCAAGAUCCUGCAGCACGCAGCCGCCAACCAGCUUUUCGAGGGAGAAAACAGCCACUUGAACGUGGUAAAUGAAUACCUGGAGGAAACACACCAGAAAUUCAGAGCCUUCAUCGACGCAGCCUGUUCGGUCCCCGAACCGGAAGAGAGAUUUAAGAUGGACAGAUAUUCGGAGCUGGUGGCCAUCACCAAACCAGUGGUCUACAUAACAGUUGGGGAGCUGGUCAACACCCACAAGUUGCUGCUGGAGCACCAGCCCUCCCUGGCUCCCGACCCCCAGGACCCCCUGCACGGACUUCUGCAAGACCUUGGAGAGGUGCCAACCGUGGCCUCGUUGCUAGGCCACAGCCUGGCACAGGGGGCGACCGGGGCCUGGGAGGAGGCUUCAUCUCAGCUCUCCAGGACGGAGGUCUCGCUCACGCUCAGCGGCAAGUACGGCGGGGUGGAAGCCGAAGCCGAGGGGGAAGCAGCUGCCGGAGGCCUGUGGCUGAGCACCAAGCAGAUGCUGCUGGACGUCAUCCAGUCGCAGCCCGGAGACUCCCUGGACGAGAUCCUGCACUCGAAGGCCUCGGAAGCGGAGCCGAAGCUGCAACCUCCUUUUCCGCAGGAGCGGCUCCACCGGCAGCUCUUGCAGAGAAGGGCCACUGGCCACCCGCAGGGCCCAGAGGGGUCACCGCACGGCCAUCUUUCCCUGGCGGAGAAGAAGAAGAAUGUCCUCCGGAACCUGGAGCGCCUGGCGUUGGUGGGCUCGGCCGGCCAGCCCCGGGCCCUGCUCAGCGAGAUUGCCCAGGAUAUCCGCUCUCAGAGGCUUCACCGGCAGAGCCGCAGGGGGCAGCUGGCCAAGCUGCAGCAGACCCUGCGAGGCCUGGCCUCCAAGCGCCGCUUCUACCAGGAGCAGGUGGACUACUACCAGAAGUAUCUCCGCACCUGCCUGGACAACCUGGCCUCUGCAGACAGGCCCAGCAAGAAACAAGCUGUGCUGCAUUACACAGCUGCCCGCCUGUUUGAGAAGGGGGUCCUGCUGGAGAUUGAGGCCCUCCCGCCAAACCAACUUAGAAAUGUCAUUUUCGAUAUUCUACCUUCCCAAGAAGCUGGCAGGUUCCAGGUCAAGGCAAAGUUUAUGGGGGUCGAUAUGGAAAACUUUCAGCUUAGUUACCAGGACCUCCUCCAGCUCCAGUACGAAGGUGUGACUAUCAUGAAGAUGUUUGGCAGAGCCAAAAUCAACGUCAACCUUCUGAUCUUCCUUCUGAACAAGAAGUUUUUCAAGAAAUAAUCUGCUUUGAGCAACAACUGGGGAUCAUUGGGGUCCCUGUUGGAAAGAUGCCAAAGAGAUGUAGUGGUGCUUGCUUCUUCACUCCAGCCCUGCUUCAAAGAAACCCAGAAGGAACCCCCCCCCUGCCUCAGAGGGACCCUCAGGGCACCUGACUGGACCCCCCUCCACCUGGGCAGCUCCUUGCAUGGCCAAAGGCUUCCUUGGCAUCUAAACCUCCUGCAUGUAGAACACUAAACCAGCAUAUCAAGGAUAGGCAAAGCAUUUCACCCACAGUGCAGCCCUCUUCAAAGAGAAACACACUAGAUCCAACGCCUG